UUGAGAGCCGUGCUGAGGGAUCAGUUGUAUCGAUCGAGAGAAAGAAGGAAAGAUACAAAUGGUGGACGCUUGCAUGAGGGCCGUUAUUGAAGCCAUACACUCAUCCCCUACGCAAGUUGUUGUUUACAUCUGCGGCGGUGCCUCGUUGGCUUUAGGAUGGUUAAUGUCAGUUCCGGGAGCUUCGAGUACAGUCCUCGAAGCUGUGGUGCCUUACUCUAGACAGUCUCUGGUUCAAUUACUUGGCAAGGUUCCUAGUCGGUAUUGUUCUCAGCAAAUAGCUGAGGAAAUGGCUUUGUUAGCUUAUAAUCGUGCUCUUAAGCUUUCUAGUCCAGGUUCCCCAGUUCUUGGUGUGGGUUUUACUGGUUCUUUGGCUACCAUGCGCCCAAAACUUGGGGACCACAGGUUUUACUUAUCAACAAGAACUUCUGACAGACAUUGGGUGUCAACAGUUACCUUAUCGAAGGGUUUGCGAAGUCGAGAGGAAGAAGAAAAAGUUUCAAGUCGCAUUUUAAUCAAGGCAGUUGCGAAUGCCUGCAAAGUUCCAGGAACCUUUGUUUCUGGGUUGACUGAAUCUGAAGUGCCAGAUGAAUAUGAAACAAUCUCUGAAGAGCAAGAAUUAGAACAACUAAAUGGGCAAAUAUGCUAUAAGGUUUAUCCAUUUUCAGAGACAUGUAUGUUAGACGAAGAUAGGAAGAUAGUUCUGUCUGGUUCUUUUAAUCCAUUACAUGAUGGUCAUCUCAAGCUCAUGGAAGUUGCCAAAAGCAUAUGUGGAAAUGGAUGUGAAUGUUUAGAAAUAUCAGCAGUUAAUGCAGACAAGCCUCCAUUGUCAAUUCCAUAUAUCAAAGAUCGUGUCAAGCAAUUUGAAAAAGUUGGAAAGACGGUAAUAAUUUCCAAUCAGCCUUAUUUUUACAAGAAAGCUGAACUUUUUCCAGGCAGUGCUUUUGUUAUUGGUGCAGAUACUGCGGCAAGGCUUAUUGAUCCGAAGUACUACAGUGGAGAUUAUGGAAAAAUGAUUGACAUCCUCAAUGCCUGCAAACAAACAGGAUGCACAUUCCUUGUCGGUGGCCGCAAUGUAAAUGGCAUUUUUAAGGUGCUUGAAGAUUUUGACAUUCCAGAGGAAUUAAAAGACAUGUUCGUUUCAAUACCGGCAGAAGCUUUUCGCAUGGAUAUAUCAUCCACGGAGAUAAGGAAAAGCCUCGGACUAUAAAAUCUGAUAAUGGCCUGCAACAUCUCAACCACGGUUCCUUCUCUGCUUACAUGGGGCAACAAAUAAUAAAAGCUUCUUGAAUUUUAUUUUCCUCGUUUUACCCAAAUGUGUAAGAACUUUGUGAUAGCCAAAUGAUGUUUCUUUAUAGAAAAAAAA